AUGUUCGCACCCAUAGUGGUGAGAAACCUUAUUGCUGCUCAUGGGAAGGAUGUGAAUGGAAAGUUCGCACGCAGUGAUGAACUAACAAGGCAUAAGCGAAAGCACACAGGCGAUCGUCCCUUCCAGUGCAGUCUAUGCGAUCGUGCAUUUUCUCGCUCAGAUCAUCUCAGUCUCCAUAUGAAACGACACAAUGUCGCUUGA